AUGGAUUAUAGCGAAGGAGAAAAAUUAGUUUAUUAGGAUAAAUUAUAGGCAGCCCUUGAGUUUUAUGAAGCGUUACUGAUUAAAGAUGAAAAUGACCCAAUAGCCUUAAGGGAAAAGACGUUUUGUUUAGUUUAAUUAGAUAGAACUAGCGAAGCUAAAUAGUUAAUAGAAAAAUUGAAAACCAUUUUAUAAAAUGACUAUAAGGUUAAGUAUUUAGAAAUAAAGCUAAUAAUUUAAUAAGGGGAUUCCAUAGGCUCUUAAAGAAAUAUGAAAGAAUUACAAGAAUUUAGCAAUGGCCUUGAGUAAGAUAAUCAAAUUAAUGAUUGUUGGAGCUUAUUAGUUCGAGGAAUACUAUCUCAUAUAUUAAAGAAUAAUUUCAAAGAGAGCUUGGAGUUUUUUGAAAAAAGCUACAAUAUUAUUCAGUAAUCAGAAAAGUAUUUAAUAGCCCAAGAGAUUGGCACUCUUUACCAUGAUAUAUAUUAAAUUGAGGAGGAAGAAGAAAUACAAAAACAAUUAGGAAUUCCUAAAAAAGACUGUAUUACACAUGCAAUCAACUGGUUUAAGAGAGUUGGAGAAGAUAAUCCAAAUUAAGGAAAAGGUUAUCUAAUCAUUUCCUAAAUAUAUUUAAAUUAAGAUAAUUAUGAAGAGAGUGAAAAGUAUUGUAAAUUAGCUUUUGAAUUGGAAACAACUAAACCUGUUGCACAAGUUUAAUUGGCUACUAUCAUAUUGAAAAGAGAUAAUAACUUAGAAAAAUCUUUAGAAUUAUUAAAAGAUGCUCACACAAUCCUAAAAUAAUCUUAGUAGGGAACCUAAGAACCUUCUGCCAUAAGCCCAGAAGCAGAGCUGAUAAUAUAUCAAGCUAAAACUUUAGCUGAUAAAGGAUAUAUUAAAGAGGCGUUAUAGAUACUAGAAGAGAGUUUAAAGACUCAUCCUAAAAACCCUUAUAUUUAUUUAGAAUUAGGACAUACUUUAUUUUCAAGCAGCGAUGAAGAUAUUCCAAAAUCUGUUUAAUAUUAUUAAAAAUGUUAUGAAAUUGAUCCAGAAUUUAAAGACCCAGCCCCUGCUAUUGCUAUUGGUUCAUAUUACUUGACUUAGAUUUAAUAAUUAUAAGAAUUAGAGGAGGAGAACGAAAGAUUUGAUUCAGAAGCGGAGCUAGAAGAGCUAGUAGCUGAAAAUGAAGAAAAUAAAAAAAAAACUUAAAAAGAUUCUUAAAAUAGCUAAAAAACUAACAAAAAGGAUGAUGGUGAAGAAGAAGAAAUAGUUGAAAAUAAAAAGGAAUAGAAUGAAGAUGCUGAAGAGGAGGAAAAAGAAUAAAAAGAUUCAGACGAUUAAGAUUCUAAAAACAAAGAUUAUGAGUAGGAAAUUAAAUAAUAUUCUAAAAAGGCUUUAGAAUAGUUUAUGAAAGCUUUGAAAAUAGAUGAAAGCAGGUGUUAAAAAGUUCAUAAAAGCAUAGCUUCAUGCUAUAGAUUGCUGAAUAAACCUACCUUAGCCUGCUAGAGUUAUGAAAAAGAGCUUGAGUAAGACCCUGAAGACGUUGAAACCAUGACAGAGUUAGUAACAGUUUACAGAGAAUUAAAUAACAAAAAAAAGGCAGUUUCUUUAUUAGAAAAAAUAUUCUUAAUAGACUAGACUAAUGAUGAUAUGUUCCUUUUGCUCUGUGAAUUGCUUGAUAACAAUACAGAUAAAAUAGUUAAUGUUCUGAAAAAGGUUUAUGAUAGAAACCCUCAUCAUCUCGAUAACAUCGCUCAACUUAUUGCUAGAGCUUACAUUUAAUUUGAUCAAAGAUAGCUUUUCAAAUAACCAGAAAAGUGGUUAAAAACUGCUUACGAUUUAAAUCCUAAAAAUCCUGAAACACUAUACACCUACGGUUUGUUGUACAUAGGAAAGGAUCAAUAUGAAUAAGCUCUAGACUGGUUAACUAAAUGUAUUUAGAUAGACCCUGACCAUAUUGACUGUCAUGAAACAGUUUUUGAGCUGAUGGAAAAUUACUUUGACUAAAUUCCUCUUGAAAAAAUUAUAGAUGUAACUAAAAUCUUAAUAAAAAAUAAUGAAGAAUGGUUGUCUGAAAAGAUUAUAGUUUGCAAAAAUAAUGACUUGUUGAAUGCUAUUAAGGAUUAAAUAAAUCAUUUAAUAACCUUAAGAGAUAAUGAAGAAGAAGAUGAUGAAGAAGAAGAUGAAGACGAUGAUGAUAAUAGUAAUGGUGAAGAAGGUGAUGAUAAUGAAAAUGAUCAUGAUUAAGAAAAAGCUAGCAAUGAAGAAGAUUGA